GUCUCCCUCCCUUCCCAAAUCGCCACGGCUCUGCUGCUUCCGCACCAAUCGCACGGAGACGGAGGACUGCUGCGCUUCCAUUUCGCUCGCUCGCCUGCCUGCCUUUGACGCGAACCCACCACCGGCUCGCGAGGCCGACUGACCCGCGUUGCGUCUAGCUGCUUUGUGUGUGUGUGUGUGCGUGGUGGCGACACAGGCCGAGACGGAGUAUAUGAGAUCCCCAUCCAACGGCCGCCCACCAAGCAGCGGUGGGGGAGCUCCAGCAACCGGUGCAGCUCCAGCGCCAGCAGGGGACGACGACUUCGCCUUCUACUACUCCUUCCUCCAGGAAGCCGCGGCGCCGUCGCCGCUCGGGCUCGACGACCCCAGCGGCAACGCCAACGCCGCCGGCGCGAUGACCAACGGCCGGCGGCGGAAGCCGCAGCGCGGGGCGGGCGAGGACGAGGAGGGCGGCGCCGCCGCCAAGAAGGACGGCAACGGCAAGAAGCGGUCCAUCGCCCGGAUACUCACCUCGCUGGCGGCGCUGGAUGCAGAGGAGCACGCGGACCGCGCGGGCGCCGCGGACGCGUCCAGGCGGGAGCUCGCGCUGCUCGAGUCCAACGCCGACACCCGCUCCCAGGCCAUGAUGGACUACUACGCCAAGAUGGAGGGCAGCUUCGACGCUGCCGCGGACUCCGAGGCCGCCGCCAGGUCCAAGCGCUCCAGGCUUGCCGCGUCGGCCGCCGCGGCCGUCGUGUCCGCCGAGGAGUCGGCGUCCGCGGCCUCCGCGUCGGGGUCGCCGCCGCGCGCCGCGGGGCAGGGCGGACACCACCAGCGCCGGCUCUGGGUCAAGGACCGGUCGCGCGACUGGUGGGACAAGUGCAGCAGCCCCGACUACCCGGAGGAGGACUUCCGGCGCGCCUUCCGGAUGGGGCGUGAGACGUUCGACAUGAUCUGCGACGCGCUGGGCUCCGCGGUGGCCAAGGAGGACACCAUGCUCCGCGCCGCCAUCCCGGUCCGCCAGCGCGUGGCCGUCUGCAUCUGGCGCCUCGCCACCGGGGAGCCCCUCCGCCUCGUCUCCAAGCGCUUCGGCCUGGGCAUCUCCACCUGCCACAAGCUCGUCCUCGAGGUCUGCGCCGCCAUCAAGUCCGUGCUCAUGCCCCGCUUCCUGCAGUGGCCCGACGAGGCCGCGGCGGCGCGGUUCAAGGCCAGCUUCGAGCGCACCUCGGGCGUCCCCGGCGUGGUCGGCGCCAUGUACACCACCCACAUCCCCAUCAUCGCGCCCAAGAUCUCGGUGGCCGCCUACUUCAACCGCCGCCACACGGAGCGCAACCAGAAGACGUCCUACUCCAUCACGCUGCAGGGCGUCGUGGGCCCCGACGGCGCCUUCACCGACGUGUGCAUCGGGUGGCCGGGAUCCAUGCCCGACGACCAGGUCCUGGAGAAGUCGAUGCUCCACCAGCGCGCGGCGGCCGGGAUGAUGCGCGACUCGUGGCUGGUGGGCGGCGCCAGCUACCCGCUCAUGGACUGGGUGCUGGUGCCGUACACGCACCCCAACCUGACGUGGACGCAGCACGCCUUCAACGAGAAGGUCGGGGAGCUCCGGCGCGUGGCCGUCGAGGCGUUCGCGCGGCUCAAGGCGCGGUGGGCGUGCCUGCAGAAGCGAACGGAGGUGAAGCUGCAGGACCUCCCCGUGGUGCUGGGCGCCUGCUGCGUCCUGCACAACAUCUGCGAGCUCCGCGGCGAGGAGGUGGACCCGGCCAUCCGGUGCGAGCUGGUGGACGACGAGACCACGCCGGAGAACCCCGUGCGAUCCGAGGCCGCGAAGCGAGCCAGGGACGGCAUCGCGCACAACCUGCUCCACCGCGGAUUCGCCGGCACCGCAUUCUUCUGAAGUUCUGAUCACCGAUCGCCUCGUCUCUCUCCCCUCAUGCUCUGUUUGGGUUUCUCCUCUUUGGUACAAAACUGAACUGGUACAAAAAACAAGUAGCCAUUCUUUUAGCCGGUAGUAGCCUAGAAGAAAGAUUUUUGUAGGAUUGAUGCAAGUAGCAGCUGUAGUUGGGUGAGUCUCUUGAUGAUUGAUCUAGACGGGAAAACAACCAACACAAAAGGCGGUGUAAUUAAUUUAAGGGAUGUGAUGUAAACAUCUGGUGGAAAAUUUUGGGCAGAUGCUGCUCCAAGUUCAUCUGCCCAAAAUUUUCCUAUAAUGAAAUAUAUACAGUUUAAUUCGGACGAAAAGAA